GCGCUGAGGACUCCUCCAACACAUUCCGAUAAGAUUCUUAGCGUUAACCUCCAGUGAAUAUCUCCAAUACUGUCAACAAUCAAAUCUUCAAUACUGUUACUGCCAAUUACUUGCGAAGACUUUCUUGCUAGCCUUCGGGCUACGUACCAUCAAAAUGCCUCCAUCGGCUACUGUGGUUACGAAGCUGAAGGUUCAGCUGAAGCUUUCGAUCGCACGACUACGUAUGGUACAACAGCGCGAUGAAGCGAUGGGCAAGACGCAACGAAGAGCAAUGGCUCAAUUAUUGGAGGUUGGUAAGAUUGAUUCGGCUAGGAUAAGAGUAGAAAAUAUUAUUCGGUCGGACAUCACCACGGAGCUCCACGAGAUCCUCGAAUUAUACUGCGAAUUGCUACUCGCCCGAGCUGGUCUCCUGGAAGGACAUACCUGCGACCCUGGAUUGGAGGAAGCAGUGAAAAGUAUCAUAUAUGCCGCUCCUAAGACAGAAAUAAAGGAGUUGCAGCAAGUGCGUGCACUUCUCGCAGAGAAGUUUGGGAAGGAGUUUGUCUUAGCUGCUAUGGAAAAUUCGGACCAGAAGGUCUCUGAAAAAGUUGUCAAGAAACUUAGUGUAGCGCCGCCUCGAGAAGAACUCGUUCAAGGUUAUCUGGAGGAAAUUGCAAGAGCAUAUGGGGUCGAUUGGCCGAAACGGCCUAAGGAUUUGGGCAAACCGCCAGAUUUCGUGGAUGAUAUGGAUGAUAAUCCGAGUGAGGGCCAAGCGCAGAAGGUUGCCGAACCACCCCUACCUACCGACAGCAAAGCGGCACAAGAAAGAGAGGCCCUAAGUCGCGAGACACCUCCUCGGUCUUUAGGACCAAACACACCUUUACAUAUAAAUCCGCCAAGUCCCUCUACGGAUAAUCCUCGUCCUAAGGUCACGUUGAACUCGGUGGAACUGAAACCUAGCCAGAGAAUGGUCGAUGUUGGUAUAGCGAAGAGUGAUGAUGCGAAAGGCGGGAAUGGAACAAGUAUUGACGAAUUAACAGCUCGUUUUGCUGCCUUGAAGCGGUAAUUGGUCGGGUUGAUCAUAGUAUUGAGAAUGCUAUAGCUAUGAGAAAUGUCCUCAUGGAUUUGGUCAGCGUUUUUUUAUGUACCGAUUUUCAAUAUUCUCACCCAAGGGUAUCCAAUGGGUGACUGUUAAUUCAGUCGUCCCUAUAUCUAGAAAUAUUUUCACCGAGAUCGACAUUGUCAUUAUACUGAGCAGAUCCGGUUAAUUGGUGUUUUUUUUUCUUUCUUCAGCUUAAAAUAUUUAAGGGGCGUUACGCAUUACGGGCCUGUAUCUCGUGUGUAAUUGCUUCUAUUGCUUCGUUCAUGUUGAGCACAUGAGAGGGCGGGCACUGUGGCUAGUUUGAGGAGUUUGGAAAGAACUAAAAAGGUGCUGAAGGGCUGAAAUCGCCUAUAUGACACAUGUACUUUCCUCGAAAUACUCGACUAUUGGCAUACCAAACCGGCAAGAGGACAUUGGGAAGCUACGACUGGGCCUGGACCGGCGUACAUUUAUGUACAUGUAUGUAUCUAUCUACAUGAAGGCGGGCACUAACGUACCUACAUGAUACUUGAAACAUUACAAUUGAAAGUUGUUUACAUGUACCUGGGUUGGUCCCGCGCUUCGACAACUACCAUUGAGAAUAACCAAUUUGUAAGGAACAUCUCCCCUAACUCAAAGUGUCUAUUCCCGUUCUCCUUCCUCUCAACCCAUUAGGAAUUCACAUCUAUCCCCCGGUACUCGCCCGUUUGGAGUGGG